AUGGCAACCCUCGAACCAAGCAGCCCGAUAGCUCCCGCCUCUGUCCCGGACCCCGAGACAGGCGAGCUGAGCUCCACAGCAGAUGGACUCGCAGGUUCAGCUGUGACAUCCUGGUCGCAACGCCUGACCGAACUCGCACACCUUGCAUCAGCAUCGACAGGGGCCGUAUACGAGGACGAUGAAUCGGCGCAGGCGAUAACAUUCCAUCUGGAUGCGAUUGAGUCCAUACUUCGUGACCCGCGCCCGGCGCUGUCGCGUGAGGUAGCGAAGUGUCGGCCGGAUGUUGUUGUACACGGUAGAUCGGCUGUGUCGGACAGGUCUCGCGCGUCGAGUCCUUCCCCGUUACCAGCUCCUUCCAACCAACAUAGUGGAUCGCAUGUUGAGAAUGGGUUCGCUAAGACAGACAUGCUAGCGCAGCUGUCAACUCUAUUGACAGAAGUAAAUGGGCUGCAUACCCAGCUGGGAGACCGUCGCAGGGAGACCAGUGAAAUUUGCGAUUUGUAUGAGGAGCGGUGUCGCGGGUUAGAACGGACAGUGGCUGAGUUGGAGCUCGAAGUUGUGGAGUUGAAAACGAACCUAGUCGAAGACGCUGUCGAACUCGAAGGAAUUCAGGGAACGAUCCUCGGCCUCCAAGCAUGGAUAGAUGGUCUCCAAGCGCAGCAAACCAUACUUCGACGACAACGAUACCUUGCACAGCACAAGGCGCGACAGCAAUGGGGAAGUCGCCAAAGAAAUGGCAGCUACGAUGAUCUGGCAUCCGACGCACAGAUUGAUGAUGUCCUGGAAGGACUUGGCGCGUGGAUGCGUGGAUUGAGAGACGUGGAAGAGGGAUUUCAAUCUCGGGCGCGAGCAAGGCGAACAAGACGGGAUCGGAGACAGGAGAUGCUGGAGCAGGAAAUACCCCGAAGGGAUAAAACAGACGGAGUCGAUACAGAUGCCGGAUUAUGGAGUAGAGCUUUUCCAGCACAGCGUGUUUGA